AUGUAUGAUACGUUACCGCAGGAACUCAUAGCAGAGAAGGUGGCAACGGGGGAGAAAGAGCUGGCUGCCUGUCUGCAUAACUGUGAGGAAACGCUGGUGAAUACGUCGCUUCCAGGGAAGCAGCUCAUCCGCCAGCACUACGACUCCCUCAAGCACAGGUUCGAGUCGUACUCUGUGCUGCUGCAUCUGUGUAAGGACAACCUGCAGAGCUGCCUGCACCAGUGGAAGCAGUACGAUGACCAGUACCGGCUGCUGCUGGCCUGGGUCAUCGACACCGAGGCCAAGCUUAAGUCUUAUGAGCUGAAGAACACAAUCGAGGAGAAAGAGCAGCAGUUCCGAUCCUUCACGGAAACGGCACAAGAUGUUGAGCAACACCAGAAUGCACUAACAGAGCUAAGUGCGUCAGCUGACGGCGUUGUACAAGCGAUGCAAGCAGCGUCGGAGGCCAUGCUUCCCGAGGGAGAAGUCCUGGAGGAGCAGCAGCAGGCAGUGCUCGCGUUUGGUGGAGAAAGCAUCAACCUUGUGAACGACAUGACCAACUUAAGAGCACGUCACUGUGAAGCUCACGACCAGGUUCAGGAAUUGGUUAAGAGAUGCGAGCAGGACGUUACUGACCACACUGCGUACGUGACGGCACUUGCGGAAGCGUAUCCAGCACUCGCUGUGUGUAUAGAAACCCACACGUCUGUCGUGUCACACACGACGGCUGAUAGACACACUGUGGAGAAGGACAUUAUCAAAAUACAGGAAACACUGUCAAAGACCGAUCCAGAGAUGCAUAGACUCGCUGAAAUCACUAGUAAGGCAGAGUCAGUCUACCCAUCGACUGGAGAAGCAGGCAGACAGAUGAUACGUGAGGAAAUCGAUUCACUAAAAGCACAAUGGGAAGCUGUCCUUAGGGACCUGGAGUCCACACUGCAGAGGCUUAGGGAGUUGGUGGGUCAGCUGGAGCAGUCAGAGAGUCAGUUAGCUAUAGUACUCACGUGGCUACAAGCUACCGAGUCUAACCUGCGCGCAGUCGACAAUCCUAGCGCCACGUUGCAGGAGAAACAGGAAACGCAGGAGGCUGUCAAGAGCGUGUUAGCAGAAGUUUUCAGCUAUAAGAACACAGUCGACAAAGCUGUGAAGUCGAUCAGGGACAUGGUAUCUGCGGACGAUGCCUCCCUCGUGCAGGCAGAUACGUGCAGCAUGCUGUAUGAAAAUCUGCAUGCCAGCUGCAAGGUUGCCCAGGAGAAAGCCGACGAGGCGGUGAAUAGCCACCGGUCAUUCUCAGAUACGUACCAGACCGUGCUACAGUGGAUCGCAAACACACAGGCCACGCUGGACACAUGCCAGGGGGCGCCACGUGACAAGGCAAAACUGCACAGCUUGGUGGAAAAAGUCAACGAUAUCGUAGCCACUAAGCCAGAAGGCGAGGUCAAGCUGUCCCAGGCCAUGACCUAUGCUGACCAAGUGCUGGCAAAUACGAGUGUCGAAGGUCAAGAAGUAAUCAAACAGGAUGUGGUUCUGCUCAGAACCAAGUGGAAUUCACUUUGGCUCCAAGUCACUGAGACUCAAGCGAGUGUCACGGGAAGACUGGGCCAGGUGUCAGUGUUCACAGAGCUUUACAAGAAGCUAACAGCAACCAUAAAAGAUUAUGAGCAGAAGCUGGCCAACUUUGAUCUCGUAUCUACUGUAGAGGAAAAACGCACAGUCCUCGAGCAACUGCAGGAACUUCAGGGUUUGGUGAUGAGCCAGCACCCAGAGGUGGAGAAACUCACUGCAACAGCUGACGAAAUUGGAAAUGAUGCGACUAAGGAACAAGCGGCUCAGCCGAGCAUGCAACUAGAUCAUCUCGCAAACGUCACGAUUCCCGAUGCCAUUGCUCAGUGGCAGAUGUACGUGGUUGACCAUGAAACCUACACUCAGCGGUGGCAGCUUGCUAGCAGUUGGCUGACAACGGCCCAGGCCACAGCAGCCGAGCUAAGAGACUCUGCCCCUCAGGACACGCAGUCACUGCAGGUGGCAGUCGACGCCUUGCAGACCCUGGAAAGCAGCUUGGAGGAAGGCAACAAGCUGGUAGGGGCUGCUACUCAAGCCAGCCAGCCAGUCCUGUCAAAGACAGCCCUCUACGGACGUGAUGUUAUCAGAGAGGAAGUACAUGCACUCCAGCAAGCAGUGGAUGAACUGACUAUUGACAUUGCUAGUGUCAAGACCUCACUAGAUAGCCAGCAGUCCUUCCUGAAAUCAUUGGAGGACAAGGGCAGACAGCUACUGCAGUGGCUGCAAGAGAUGGAAAAGACUCUGAUCACAGCAUCAGAAUCGAAGGACACUCUGGACAGCAAACGCAAAGCUCUACACAACGUCAAGAGCAUCCAGGAGACAGUGCUGUCAGAAGAGAAGGCGAUAGCAGAAGACUACGUGGAACAAGUGAUGCAGGCUAGCAGUGAACAGUUGUCUGAUCUAGCCAGCACACUGAUGGACAAAUAUUCCGCGGUAGUGCAGAAAUGCCAGAAUCACGAGCAAUGCUGCAUGGAUAUAGUGGAGGAUCACGUGCAGUAUACCACCUGCAGACACAACUGUGAGCUGUGGAUGUCAGACAUGCAUGACCACAUAGUCGCCUGUGAGCAUCCAGCACCAGGCCUGAAUGGAGUGCAGGAAUCACUUGACAAACUAAAGGAGCUGUGCGCAUCUGUGGAGAGUGGAGGUGCCACUCUACAAGAGGUUGACAAGGCAGCAGAUAAGGUUCUGCCCAACACGGCAUCACACGGGCAGGAGGCCGUCAAGUCGGAGAUGUCACGUCUAAAAGACAAGUACACGGAGCUGAGCAACACUGCUACUGAGGUUACACAUACGCUAGAAUUGAGAAAACAGCAGUGGGUUACCUUUACCACAAUAUACGAGGCAUUCAGUCAGUGGUUGGCAAGCCAGGAAUUGAAUGCCAGCAAGUGGGGCGAGUUGCGUUCCACGCUGGAGGAAAAGAAACAGCUGGUAACAACACUGCACGAUGCGAUAAACGAAAUCGAGCAACAAGCUGAACAAUUGGCUGAAGUUAAGAAUGCUGCAGCCGCCUUCCCCGAAGAACGAACGGUUAUGACACAGAUGACUCGCGCCAGCACUCAUUAUGAGAAGCUGACGGACACAGCCCAGCAGCUGCUGCAGACGAGUGAGACGCGAGCAGACGAACACGAUGCCUACCACGUGACGUUCGCUGCGUGCCGGCAAGCACUGCAGUCAGCAGUAGAUCAGCUCGCUAAGAGCAAGGAUGUCACGGGAGGCAAGGACACGCUACAGGAGAAGUUGUCAGUAGUUGAGGUAGGUUUGGACUCGUCGUUGCCUGCUGUCACGUGCUUCUUAGAGCAAAGGGUUUUCCGCUACAAGUGGGCAGAUUUCCAUUGGGGUCCCCAACAACAAAAACCAAGGGUCAUCCGACUGGAUUACAAAACAGAUGGAGACCAAGACUUCAAAAUGAAAACCUUCGCAAGCAGCAGGUUGAACCUUGAGGAGAUCAUAUUGCGAACUGCCAUUGAAGCAGAGGAACCUCCAGAGAAGAUCGUAGAUGGCAAUGCCAAACUAGAAUUUGUCUUAAGUCCUGAGAUUGGCUUGCUGCUCCACACGACAGUUAAACCCCCAAUACAGGCCCGCUUUGUGAAAAUGCAUCCCCACCUCAAGCAAGCAAUGGAAUGCGUACCUGGAAAGAAAUUCAAGAGAAACUGGGACAUCCCUGCGCAAAUCCUUUCCCGCUACAAGAGCUGCACAUUGAAAGCCCAAAAGCCCGAGUGCCUGAAGGAGCUUCAGAAGACGAUGUCUGAGGGCAACAGUAGGGUGAAGCAGGCAGCGGAGAUGUGCGACACUGUGACACCACACACCAGCACGGAUGGUGCGCAGACAAUGCGCUCCAACCUCGAACACCUCGCACUCAGCUGCGACGAACUUAGGAACGACGUCAUGAAAGCCAUCGUGCGUUUGGAGACACAGGAGCUUGAGUGGGAGAAGGUGGAAGUCAGCAUCUCCCAGCUGAAGACGUGGGUCAGUGACACACAAGCUAAGCUGGAUAAGCUAGACAACCUUGAGCCUGACUUGAUCAGCAAGCGAACUCAUCUCGAUAAGUGCAAGGCUGUUGCCGAGGAUUUGCAGGAGCAUGAGGUGAUGUUCAACCAGCUUGUCAGCAUGUCUCUACGGCUGGCCAAGAAGAGGUCAGACGAAGGUCAGCUGACCGCUGUACCAGAGCUGGACGGUCAGUACAGACACCUGGUCAACCGCACACAGGCCCUUGUUGAGACGUGGGAAGUGUACGUUGUGGAACACGAGCAGUUCAGAGAUUCCUACAGCGACACCGUCGACUGGCUCUCACUUGCUAAGUCACAGUAUCAGUCCUAG